GCCCAGUUGCAGUCGCGAUUGGUCACGUAGCGAGAGGGCAAAGGGGGAAAUGACGCUGAGUUUCAGUGAGCUGCUGCAACACAGCAUCAAUUAGCUCAGCUCCGCCGGUGCUGGGUCGCAGCUUCAGCCCGGGAGCCGCCGUGACCACAUCACAUCGGACCGAACCGAACCGGACCGGGAGCCAGGCAGCGCGCUUGACCAUGGGGCAGAUCGAGUGGGCAAUGUGGGCAAACGAGCAGGCGCUGGCCGCCGGCCUCAUUCUGGUGAUCGGCGGUGUGGUAGGAGUGGCCGGCCAGUUUAAAGGCUGGCAGUAUGCAGCGUAUGGCAUUGCGGCAGGAGUUUUUAUAAUGCUGCUGGAAUAUCCAAGAGGGAAGAGGAGGAAGGGCACAACCUUGGAGAGACCGGGACAAAGCUACCUGGCAGCUGUUGUGAAAUUGUUUGGUCCCUUGACCCGGAACUACUAUGUCCGAGCUGUUCUCCAUGCAUGCCUUGCUGUACCUGGAGGAUUUAUGUUAGCCACCGUUCUGGGCACCGUAAACCUGGGCAUUGCCAGCAUCAUUUAUCUACUGGCUGCCGUGCGGAAAGAGGAAUGGAGCCCCAUACAGGAACAACAGUCUAAGGGUCGGCAGCCAGGUAAAAGUAUCCACCAGCCUCCCACAAACCCUCCGCCACGACCACCUGCUGAGCGGCGAAGGAAACCAGAGGAUGAUGCAGCAACUGUAGACACGGCAACUGUCAAUUGAGACCCAUGCCAUCAACGGAGUCACUACUGUAACACUAUCCUCUUUUUUUAAGCAAAGAUCUUAUUCCAAGGCAUUGUAGGUUUUAAGAGUUACACAAGCUCGAAUUGUGAUGGAAAGAAAUGUUAAAAGAUUUUUCAGCUAUGCUUUUUUUCACUUGAAGUGAUUUGUUACAGUAAGAUGUAAUCUGUGUUCUUGUUCAUCGACUGUUACGGUUUGUAGGAUAUCGUUGCCAAAAGCUUUCCUAUUGUUUUUUUCUAGAAUUUGUACUUACAGAUAUUCUUACAGUAUUUUGGGUCAGUUCUAAACUAUUAAUAAAACACUUGAUUCAUAGAUGUGAAUCUUUCAUGUACAUUCUAGAAUAAAAUUACUUGGGUUUUGCACAAGAUAGAACACAUUUACGGUUGAUAAAUCUACUCAUUUGCAAUUGUUGGAGCUGGUGCUUCAAACUCUGAUCUUUCUGGCUUUAAACACUUCCUGACAUUGGUGAAAGGUAGAGUUUGCCCACAGCAGAAUGUCCCGGGCCACAGAAUGACCAAAGAUAGAUUUAGUCUUGACACCGUCGAUCUUCAAGAAAUUGUGGAUACAUUACAUUGAAAAUUUCAGUCUUCAUAGCGGAAGGUGCCAGCAAAAUGCCAGAAAUUCAAGAGAGUCGGAGGGCAGGUGUUAGAUCGGGUUGCUGUCACUAAGGAGGUGAUGCUUGGGAAGCUGAAAGAGGUGAAGGUGGAUAAGUCACAUAGACCAGAUGAACAACAUGCCAGGGUUUGAAAGAGGUGGCUUUAGAAAUUGUGUGGGCAUUGGCAGUACUCAUUCAAGAAUUGUUAGAGUCAGGAGUGGUCCCAGAAGACUGGAACAUUGCAAAUGUUACUCCACUAUUUAAGAAGGGAGCGAGACAAAAGAGGGGCAUCUAUAGGCGGUUAGCUGGACUUCAAUAGUUGGUAAGAUUUUAGAGUCCAUUAUUAUUAAAGAUGAGGUUUUCGAGUCCAUAAUAAAAUAGGCCAAAGUCGGCAUGGUUUUGUGAAGGGGAGAUCUUGCCUGACAAGUUUGUGGGAAAUCUUUGUGGAAGUAAAUAGCAGGACAAAUAAAGGAGGGUAGGUAGAUGGUGUUUACUUGGAUUUUUCAAAGGCCUUUGAUAAGAUGCUAUACAUGCGGCUGCUAAUGAAGAUGAGAGCCGAUGAUACUAGCAUGGACAGAAGAUUGGCCGAAUGGCAGAAGGCAAAGUGUGGGGGCUUUCUCGGGUUGGCUGCUGGUGACUAGUGGUGUUCCGCAGGGGUCGGUGCUGGGGCCGCAACUCUUCACAUAUUAAUGAUUUGGAUGGAAUUGAAGGCUUUGUGGCCAGGUUUGCCGAUGAUAGGAAGAUAAGUGAAGGGGUAGGUAGUGUAGGAAGCAGGGAGACUGCAGCAGGACUUGGACUGGUUGGGCGAGUGGGCAGAGAAGUGACAGAUAGAAUACAGCGUAGCAAAGUAUUAUAUCAUGCACUUUGGUGGGAGGAAUAACAGUUUUGACAAUUUUCUAAAUGGAGAUCUCACUACAGGGUUACUUCUACGUAAUUGUCAGAAGAAACAGAUCAAGCCUGACUUUCUCCCUCCCUGUCCCAGAUCGCACUGCAGAAGACCAAGAUGCAAAGGAACUUGGGAGUGCUGGUACAGGUCUCAAAAGGUUGAAUCCGUAGUAAGGAACGCAAAUGCAACGUUAGCAUUCAUUUUGAGUGGGCUAGAAUAUAAAAGCAAAGGUGUUAUGCUGAGGCCUUAUAGGGCACUGGUCAAACUGCACUUGUCCUGGGUUGCAAGCACUAAUCGUGUGUUUAGAUUGGGUUGAACUCUUCAUUUGCUCGAUACCUUUCUGUAAUAGGUAUAGGAUAGACAUCUCUAUCCUGGUUUCCUCAGAACUGUGCUUUCCUCCCAUUUUGUUCAGUCUACCAACUCAUUAAUCAUCUCAAUUUUACUUUCUGCAUCGCCCUUUGUAAAACUUUCUAUCUUUAAAUAAAUUCUCUAAACAUG